UGUCCCACCAUCCAGUGGAGUAACGUGUACGGUUUCCAGAAAUUGACAUGUCUGAUAGAUUUCAGUGGUUAAGUUAACAUAUUGUGAUUUGUUUGUCUUAGGCAGCAAAUAUUUUAUACUAUUUAACAUGUUAUUUUUCAACAUUCUCCUGGUCGCAGUGAUGCAUUGCAUCCAAUUUUCUGUAGGAGAAGACUAUUAUCAAUUAUUGGGUGUUCCAAAAAAUGCAAACAACAGGGAAAUAAGAAAAGCAUUUAAGAGAUUGGCUGUUACAAUGCACCCAGACAAAAAUCAGGCUGAUCCAGAUGCACACGCAAAAUUUGUGCAUCUCACAAAGGCAUAUGAGGUGUUAAAAGACGCUGAAUCUCGUAAAAAAUAUGAUCUUUAUGGAGAGGAAGGUAUCAAAUCUUCACAGAAGCAGAGUUACCAUUCAUGGAGUUAUUACCGUGACAAUUUUGGUAUUUAUGAUGAUGAUCCAGAGAUUGUCACACUUAACAAGGCUGAUUUUGAUCAAAGUGUUCUCAACUCACACUCACUGUGGUUCAUCAACUUCUACUCUCCUAUGUGUUCACAUUGCCAUGACCUAGCACCAACAUGGCGCCGAUUGGCUCGUGAUCUAGAAGGUGUGAUUAGAAUGGGUGCUGUUAACUGCGAAGAUGACUGGAUGCUUUGUCGUCAGGAGGGCAUUAGAAGCUACCCAUCUCUGUUGGUCUACCCUUCUGAAGGUCUGGUAGUAGUGGGGCAUGUAGACUGUGCCAGCAGCAAAGAAUUCUGUGAGAAGUUUGACACAACUACAGAAUCCUAUGUAAUUUACUGGGAACCUCUGGAAGAACAUCCAGUUGGUGUGACACACAGAAUCUUGGGAACAGAUGCAAAAGAAAUUGCAAAGGAAGUUCUGUCUUUCCUGCCUGAACCAGCUGCAUUGGAUGAAGAAGGAUUUGAUGUAGUUAUGUUGACACAGCUGCAAUCCUUAGAUUUAUUCAACUGCUAUACUAUUUGUGAUAUGUGCCUUAUCUCUUUUUUUUUUUUUUUUUUUUCUGNCCCUUGGGUAGUGUACUUUUACUUGGGUGAAACAACAGCAGACAUGGAGCUAGAAUUGAAGAAGUUGCCUGCACUGUUGCCUGACAUGCGACUGGGUAAGGUGCACUGUGGACGGUGGGCUGCACUGUGCCAAGAACUGCAUAUAGCACGCUACCCAUUGUUUGCAGUGUUCAAGCUUGGAGGAGGUCAUGAGAUACAUCAUGGGCGCGAAACAGCUCACGAUGUUGCCAACUUUGCUAGGGACAGCAGUGCUGCUCCUAAUGUCAGAGUGUUGGCUCCACCAGAAUUUCCAGAUCUCAUACACGGCAGCCAUGGAAGUGGAGCUUGGCUGGUAGAUUUCUAUGCACCAUGGUGUCCCCCUUGCCUUCGACUACUGCCAGAAUUGAGGAAGGCUUCACGACACUUUGAUUCAGCAAUAAACUUUGGAACUAUUGACUGCACAAUUCAUGCCUCUCUUUGCCGUCAACAUAACAUCCGCUCAUACCCUACAACUAUUCUGUAUAAUAACACUGAGAAGCAGCAGUUUCAUGGAGAUCACACGGCGACUUCUCUUGUAGAUUUUCUGCAGGACAUCCUAAACCCCACAGUGGUAAAGCUGACUGAACAGUCUUUCUAUUCAAGUGUUGGUAAGAAAUCUCCAGAUGAGCUUUGGAUGGUCGAUUUCUUUGCAUCAUGGUGUGGGUCAUGUCAGCAGCUAGCACCAGAAUGGAGAAAACUUGCUAAGAUGGUAUCAAGCAUGGCAAACAUUCACAUAGGAGCUGUAGACUGUGAAGCUGAAGUUUCACUAUGCAUGCAGCAGGGGGUGCGCUCAUACCCCACCAUCAGGCUCUACCCUCUUGGUGGUCAGGGCCUCUCUACUAUUGCCAUCUUCAGUGGCUUCCAGAGGGAUGCACAAUCCCUGCGACAGUGGUUGUUUAGCUUCAUUCCUUCAUCUGUUGAAGAGCUCACACCUGAUAGUUUUGAACACAAGGUGUUGAAUACUGAUGAACCAUGGCUUGUUGAUUUCUAUGCUCCAUGGUGUGGACAUUGUGUUGUGUUUGCUCCAGAGUUCCAGAUUAUUGCACAGAAACUAGAGGGAAGGGUACUUGCAGGUAAAGUGAACUGUAACACAUUCCAAUACUUGUGCCAUGAAGCCGGCAUAUCCAGUUACCCUACUGUGAUGCUGUACUAUGGUGAUAAUCGACAGUACCAGGGAGAUGAGAUUCCAAGUCAGUCAGCAAAUCACAUUAUUGCCCACACAGAGCGUGUAUUAUCACAGCACCAGCAGAAGCACCAGCAAUCUCAGCUACUCCAUGAUGAAUUUUAAGUAUAUCAAUUCAUUCUGUGAUAAUGUGUUUGUAAAUAUCAUGUGAUAUCACCCUCUACAGAUGACUCUAACAGGGUGUGAAAUUUAAAGUAGGUUUGCUGCUUACCGUUGCUAUAUGGUUUUCUUACUAUCCAUGCAGGCAGGCAGGAGGAAGACCUUACCAUUUAUUAUUACUCAAAUAUUAAUAGUUUCUAAUAACUAUUAACCACUCACUUAACUAGCCAGUGAAGUGAUGUCUAGCUUCACAAUCCAAGGUUUACCCAUCUCUCAUUUUGCUGGUACAGCACUAUUUGAUCAAGAUGAGAGUGUUCACAAUUGAAACAAUUUAUACAGGCCCUCAUGUACGUGGGGAAUACAGUUUGUGAUUUGGAGUUUAAUCUCUGUAUUCCUCACAUAAUAAUAUUUGAAAAAAGUUAUGUUGUGAUGAAAUUAGCUAAGAGCAAGAUACUUCAUGAGGGGAGGCAAAAUCUAUGUGAAUUGAAUAGAUGGAAUGCAUAUCUUCAGAACAAAAUAGAUGUUAUAUUCUAAAUUAUAAAAUGUAAAAUUACGGUCCAACUUAUUGUGAUGAAAUUUAUGCAGAUUAGAAUAAUUUCCAUGCAGUAAUAUCAUUUGGGAAGAAAAAUGAAUUUCAAAUAAAUAUGUUUCAGUAUUUCAAAUGAUAUUCAGUAAUUAAUAUAAAAGUGUUAAUUAAUGUAUAAAAGGUCCAUGGCUCAAGUAAACUCGACCAUGGGAUGUUGCAGGAUUUGUUGCAACAUAUUAAUUCAGGUAUGAGACAGCAGAUAGACUCUUGUCCUUCAAGUAUAUUCAGAUGUGGAAGUUAAAGGGUUAAAGUAUGUUGGUGUCAGGAGAAAUGUGAGGCAACAGGACAUUAAAAUGAUAAUCAAGGAAACAGAAAAAUUGUAACUUAUGUAACAUAUUUGUUCUUUCUUUUAUUUGUCAACAGCAGUCACUGCACCACACAUCAUGGUCACAUGGUUAGCAUUCCUGUAUUUCAUUUGGUAGGCAUUAACUAUUAUGUCAACUGUUUGUUCUUUUUUAACAAUGGCCAUCAAAUGCUAAUGGGAAUGUUGUGAAUACAAAGUGUGUAUAACUGUGACAAGUUCAUAACUUCAUCAGUGUUGGUGUACAUAUCAAGUGUAUUCUUAUUUCAGUAUCCACCCUAGUGCCCCAUUAAUUCUCACAACUCCUUCUUGUAGCUAGUUCUCAAUGCUGUUGCCUCUACCUUCAAUUCUGCCAUGGAGAUGGAAGGUGCAGGUCCCUUUGAAAUAUUUGUGACCACCUACAGGACCACAAUCUAAAUUCCCAGUUCCAUGGAAACCUCAAUGCUUUUAUAUCUUUCCUUUCCAUGAGACACUGAAGUAAACAAGCAUGUUAAGAUAUUCGGGAUGAGGAUACAUGUAUCUAACUUUCUCUGUAAUGCAUACCAUAUUCCAGCAACUAAAAUAUUUCAGAGCUUUAAAACACAACCUUUUGUAAUAUGGAGCUUUAUUAGUUUUGCAUAUGUCAAAACCCAACUUCCACAUCCAUUCAGAAGUGGUAAGACAGUCAUUAAUUGCAAUAUUAUAUUUAAGCAUCCUGUUGCAUUUAUAUAUCUUUCAUGCACAAUAAUUCAGUCCUCGGUGCAACUAUUUUCACUUUUAUUUCUCCUCCUUGCAACAUGUUUCGGCCUCAAAUGGCCAUCAUCAGGUGUUUUGUCUACGCCAAAACUGUCGUACUGCUCAAAAUAUAUAAGAUGUUCACUUAUUUAUAAAAUUGCAUAUGUGAUGUUUGUUAUUUAAUUUACUUGAUGUACACUCGAUAUUUAUUUGCAUUGAUUAGUUUCACUCACUUUCAAAUUUAAUUUUGGCUUGAAAUUUCUUAAAAUUUCAUAAAAUAUAUAAUUCUUGCACCUCUUGUUUGUUACAUUAGCAGAACUCAAAGUUAUUCACAAUGACCUGAGGCUGUGAGAAUUGAGAUUGCUUCUUGCUGGUUUCUUACUUAGCUUCUGCAUCAGCACUGAAUAUGGAAGCAAUGUGUUCCUCAGAAAUGUUGGUGGAUUUUACCAGCACAUUCUAGAAGACAGUACUAUUCAAUAAAGAAUUAUGUCAUGUAUAUACAGGAUCACUUGGCCAUGUUCUAGUCCAUCUUUCAUCUUUGUAAUGGAAUAAAGUGUGAUGUUUGUCCAGGCACAGAUGUACCCAAAGUAUCACUUGGUACUUCAAAUACUCAUGUCUGCUCUCAUGCCUCUUGUUAUUGCUUUCGGUGUGUGGAAAGAAACUGCACAUUCCAUUAUUGGUCUUUCCUUGGAUGUAGCAGGAGUAUAGGAGACAGGAAAUGCCACUUGGUCAGUCAAGGGUGAUGAAUGAAAUGGUGACCAUCAUGUGUGACAUAAACUGAUGUCUCCAAUGAACUGCUGCACCAUCUGUUACAUACAUAUGACAAUUUUGUAAUUGGAUCUUUCAGCCUGUUCAUGAUGGUGAAAUCUGAUGUUCACCUGAUUUUCUAUCCUGAUGAGAUUUGAUUUACAUGGUCACAGAACAGCAGACACUGGUAUCCACAAAAUCCAAGACUAAUACACAGGGUUUCAUUAUGUGAUUCUAAAACUGGCCUAUGAUGCAGUAUGAGUACAGAUACAACAAUUUAAUCAGAUUUCUUCAAGGAAAAAAAUUAAUUCAGAAAGGUACAUGGAGGAGAUAAUCUGCACAAUUUUUGAGUGGCUAACAGAUGAAUGUUGGGAUAUAUUAAUAUAAGAAAUGGUCAUAAUAUACAAAGCAACAGAUUUAUGGUUUUAUUUAUGCUUGAGUAAUAUGUAUAUAUUACCAGACUUAAAAAUAUUGUCACAUUAUUUUGAAUUUUUACUGUUUGAUUUUCAAUGUAAUCACUUCAUUAUAAUAUAUGCAGGAAGAGAAAAGAAAUGUAUGUACAGUCUACAGUGAAAAAGAUAUUGCUGAAAUUGAAUAAAGAUUUUGUAAAAUUA